UCAACUAAGAACAUAUUUUGCCAUGGAUGCUGCCUAUCCUGAAGUUUCUGUUGAGUUGAUGAAUCUUUUCCAUGAAAUAGACAGAAAACUUUAUUCAACCCUUGUUUUUGAGCUUGAGCUUGAUCCUAAGGUAUCUGUGAAUAUAAUUGCCUUAUGGAUUUGGUUGGAAAAGAAUAAAAUAAAAAAUGCUGUGGAUAAAGUCCUGUCAUCGCCCAUAAAAUUGAUCAAUGGACUUGCUGAUGAAGCUGUGUCUUGCCUUAGAUGCAUCACAGAUGACAUGUAUCUGUUCUCUUCUGAUGCAAGUGAGAUUACGCUCACUCAAAAUGUCUUGGCAAAGCAGUUGUCUCUAAAAUUCUUCCAUGAAAACCGGACCUGUGCAUUAUCUGGCAUCAGAAUGGUUGUGGAGACUGUUUGUGUCAAGGUAUUGGACGAUCUCAUUCAAAUGGCCAUCACGAGAAACGCUGAACGACAGUUGCUCAAAACUCAAAUGGUCAUGAUGCCACCGCCUGUUGCUGAGCCGAAGGAUGCCAUGAUACCAAGGUUUGGAGGACUCAGAUUCGCUGGUGAGUCAUCUCAAUCGGUGGUACCUCCCAUUGAUCCCAUGAUACAAACGUUUGGAGGAUUCAGAUUCGCAGGUGAAUCAUCUCAAUCGGUGGUGCCUCCCGUUGAUCCCUUGAUACAAAGGUUUGGAGGACUAAGAUUCGCAGGUGAGUCAUCUCAAUCGGUCGUGCCUCCCAUUGAUCCCUUGAUACAAAGGUUUGGAGGACUCAGAUUCGCAGGUGAAUCAUCUCAAUCGGUGGUGCCUCCCAUUGAUCCCAUUAUACAAAGGUUUGGAGGACUGAGAUUUGCAGGUGAGUCAUCUCAACCGGUGGUGCCUCCCAUUGAUCCCAAGAUCCAAAGUUUCGGAGGGCUCACGCUCACAGGUGAGUCGUCUGGAUCAGCGAUGCCUCCUUUGCGCAUGGAGGAGCCAAAAGACAACAGGACAAUGUAUGCUACGUUUUCAAAUGGCUAUCCUGUUUCUGAUUGGGAGCUUUGGAUUUACUUCAACAGGAUGUAUGGCGACUGUGUGGAGUCCAUCUCUAUGCAGCAGGUGGUAGAGCCCAAUGAUCAGUCGAUGUUUGCCCUGAUUGUCUUCACCUCUCCAAGAAUCGUUCACUUGAUUCUCAGAGGCCUGGAGAAAGCAUUUUUCACAAUUCAAGGCAAGGAAGUAUGGAUUCGCAAGUGAAUCCCGAAAGCCUAAGAACCUCUCUUGUUCUUCUCCCCAGUGUUUCCGUUUUCUAAGUCCAGUUAUGUUGUUUGUUUCAGUUUGUUGUCGAUGAAGCUUAGUUAUGGUGUUCUUUGAUUUCAGUUUGUGGUAGAUGAAAUCCAGUCAUGUAAUAUAAAUAUAUUGUACUAAUGAAUGCAAAUCUUUCAAUUUUGUUGUGAACUUGAUUACUAUUCUGUAA